AGCUGCCUGGUGGCAUUAAUCAAUCAUUUACAUCAACACACAAAACGACAUCCAAAAUGGAAAUUCAACACAACAGUAAAAGGAAAGUAGCUCUUGGAGAAUUGCAUAAGCUCAACUUCCUUCCCCCUCUGAUUUCACAUUUGAAGAAGCUCAGCUCCGCAGCUCCUCAAUCCUCAAACCCAGACAACAUUCAAAGCGACCAACACUAAGAGUGAAAAUGUCAUCGUCAGAGCUGUUGCCCCUUCCUUGGCUCGUCGAAGCGAGCAUCUACAAUGUGAAAAUUGGCAACGACACUGUCAUCACAACAGUUACUGAUCGUGAAGCUAUUGUCAACAGUAGCAUCUCGGAACUAAAUAGUGAAUUGAAGAGUACUCCAAAUCCAUUUGUUGGAAUUGAUGUGAUAAAUAAUGGAGAUUUAUUGCUGUUUCAUGUGAAAAAACGGUGCCUAAUAAUUCAAUUUAAGCGCAUGGUGGUCUUGGAUUAUCAAACUGAAGUCCCCCAGUCUAUUAAGGAGUUCCUGAAGGACCACACUAUUACUUUUAUAGGUCCUAGAAACAUAAGCCAGAACUCUACUCCGUCAUAUAUAUCUGGAAGUAGCAGCGAGAAAAUAGAACUUAAUAGAAUUGUGGAUGUUCGUUAUUUGGCUGGAAAGCUUUUGAAGAAGCCAAAGCUGCUGAGUAGUACACUAGAAGAGUUGAUGGGUGAAGUCAACGUUGAUAUUAAGAAGCCUGUCAUUAGUGAAGGCUCAAUACGUCCUAAUUGGCAAUCGUCUUCUGUUCUUUCGGAGGAGGAGGUGAAAUUGGCGAUGUAUGGAGUCCAUUCAUGCUAUAAAAUUGCAAGCAAGCUUACUGAUGCGAUAAGUGCAAGUGUGAGAGGGCAGUAAGACCGAUUCAGCAGAACAACUCAAAGAUAAAAGAAGUAUGUUAAGUAACCUUUGUUCUGUAGUUGUUAUUUAUAAUGCCGUUGUCCAAACUGCUUUUAAGUCUUAGUUCUGUGAUAUCAUAUGAUAUUGUUCUUUUAAGACUUUAAACUGAAGUAACCUUUGUUCUGUAGUUGUUAUUUAUAAUGUCGUUAACCAAACUGCUCUUAAGUCUUAGUUCUGUGAUAUCAUAUGAUAUUGUUCUUUUAAGACUUUAAACUGAAAUGAUUGUUAGUAAUUUCUCUAUUUUAUGGACUCACAUAUUAAUAUAGUUAUACAUAGAUAUGCUAGAGUCCAUUUUAUGAUCUAAUUGAAGUAUUGAAAUAUUUGGAUCAAUUAUUAUGGGGGUUACUUUAAAUAAGUAGAAAUCCAUUGGCCUUUUCUUGGUGUCUGAUGGAGAUUUAUUGAAAAGGUACCGUUUAAACCUGAAAAGACACUUAAACGUAUUAUAUAAAGAUGUGGUCCCUAAGUCAGCUUCUUUCUUUUCUACUCCAUCUCUGAGAAGAAACAAAUAAUAGCAGUAUCCGGACUUAGAAGAUCCUAUCUCCUUCAAGCAAUUCUUGCAAUAGAACAAAGUUAGUGUUCCUACAAUUGUCAUCUAUCGAUUUAAUUGUGAUACUUGGACUUUGUUUUCUAUCAAUGAUCUCUUUCGCAAGAAGGUUAUGUUCCGUCUCCAGAAAUGUCCUAAGAACUUUUCGAACAAGCUUGAAAUCACUAAUCAUUCAGAUAGUUAUAACAUCGAUGGUUUGAAUAUAAUUCAUCUACGCUAAUCAAGAUUUAUCUGAAGCAGCAUUUGUAGAUUCACAAGCAACCUAGUAAAGAAUUAAUUAUGUAUAUUGUUUGUAUAAACAAGUACUGCUUAUCUGCUCGUAUAUAUAUUAUAACUAAUUAACUAUAGCAUGUGAACCAAAUGACCGUCAGUUCAUGUAAGUUCAACUCAUAAAUAAAUGAUCAUGCAAAGGCAAGUGGAGAAUGGUGAGGUUGGGCGAGUCCGGAACCAAAAUGCCCCCAAAAAAAUCAUUUUGAACCAAAAUACCCCAACAACAAAAAAAAGUUACCAAAGUACCUUUAGCGCAGUAAAAUACUGCACUAUAGCACUUCACGGAGACGGAGCCGUUAAGCACUAUAGCGCAGUAUUUUACUGCGCUGUACGAAAGUUUCUCGCCUAUAACGCAGUAAAAUACUGCGCUAUAGGAGUCCGUCAUUUUCACUAACACCACAUUUUCACUCCUCUUUACGUAGUUUAUCUUUUUUACGUAGUUUAGCCGUAUAUUAAUCAUGCUUUGAGAUUCCGGAACUUCAAUAUUUUAUAUAGAACUCUAGUUAUAUUUGUACAAUUAAUAAAAUAGGCUCAACACAUCAAGAAUACGCAAUACUUUGAAUUGUCAUUUUAGUGGUUGAAAAAUGCUCGUAGUCCUUUUUAUUUGAAGACUUGUAGUUAUUAGCUUUAAGUUAUUUAUCUUUUAGGGUUUCGUCUUAGUUUUAAAUUAAUGCUUAACUUUAUUUCGAAUGUGUUACGUUUUUUUUUAUUAUCAAUUUAGGAUGUGAAACUAUAAACAAUAAUAAAGACUAAGAUAACAUUUAUAAAUAUGCAAAAAAUAUAUAAUAUUUACGAUAAAUUGUACAACACUAAUAUAUAUACAAUAUCGAGGAUGGGUCCCACAUGUAGUAUGCCGGAGACUAUCCCUAGGCCUAAGGCUCAUACCAUCCCCACCGCCCUCGCCAUCAUCUUCAUCGCCCUUUUUCCUCAUAAUAACCGGGCGCUCCAAGUUAUGCUCAUCUCCUGUUCCCCUAGCCCUUGCGCCCUUCACUAGAACGUGCUUCUCUUGGGAUCUAGUCCCGCUGGCAUGCUCAGAACCUCAGGCUGAGCUGGGUCUGGAAACUCGACCUCUUCCUCGACGGGAGUCGCCACCACAGGCACCGAAGGAUGAACCUGAAAAGUAUUAUAAUUCACAUUUGAAGAAGCUCAGCUCCGCAGCUCCUCAAUCCUCAAACCCAGACAACAUUCAAAGCGACCAACACUAAGAGUGAAAAUGUCAUCGUCAGAGCUGUUGCCCCUUCCUUGGCUCGUCGAAGCGAGCAUCUACAAUGUGAAAAUUGGCAACGACACUGUCAUCACAACAGUUACUGAUCGUGAAGCUAUUGUCAACAGUAGCAUCUCGGAACUAAAGAGUGAAUUGAAGAGUACUCCAAAUCCAUUUGUUGGAAUUGAUGUGGUAAAUAAUGGAGAUUUAUUGUUGUGUCAUGUGAAAAAUCGGUGCCUAAUAAUUCAAUUUAAGCGCAUCUUGGAUAAUCAAACUGAUAUCCCCCAGCCUCUUAAGGAGUUCCUGUAUGACCCAACUAUUACUUUUAUAGGUCCUAGAUACAUAAGCCAGAAAUCUGCAUUCUCAUAUUAUACAUCUGAAGGUAUCAUCCAAAAAUUAGAACUUAGUAGAAUUGUGGAUGUUAGUUAUUUGGCUGGCAAGCUUCUGAAGAAGCCAAAGCUGCUGAGUAGUCCACUAGAAGAGUUGAUGGGUGAAGUUGACGUUGAUAUUAAGAGGCCUGUCAUUUGUGGAGGCUUAAUGCGUCCUAAUUGGCAAUCGUCUUCUAUUCUUUCGGAGGACGAGGUGAAAUUUGCCAUGUAUGAAGUCCAUUCAUGCUAUCAAACUGCAAGCAAGCUUACAGAUGUGAUAAGUGCAAGUGUGAGUGGGCAGUAAGACCGAUUCAGCAGAACAACUCAAAGAUAAAAGAAGUAUCGUUAAGUAACCUUUGUUGUGUAGUUGUUAAUUAUAACGCCGUUAUCCAAACUGCUUUUAAGUCUUAGUUCUGUGAUAUCAUAUGAUAUUGUUCUUUUAAGACUUUAAACUGAAAUGAUUGUUAGUAAUUUUCUCUAUUUUAUGGACUCACAUAUUAAUAUAUUUAUACAUAGAUAUGCUAUCAUUAAAGUUCA